AUGUAUGGAUCUGUAUCAGUUGUAGGGUUGCAAAAUGUUGUUGAUAGAAGGGAAGCUGAGAAGGCAAAGAUGAGGGAGAAGAAUCAUGUUGACAAGUUAUCUUUGAAGUGGAGUGAAAGUAUUAGUGCUGACAAUUCACAUACAGAAAGAGACAUACUUGAUGAGCUAUGCCCACAUAAAAACAUAAAAGAAGUCGAAAUCAUUGGAUAUAGAGGGACAAACUUUCCCGAUUGGGUUGCUGAUCCUUUGUUUCUUAAACUGGUGAAAUUGUCUCAUAGAAACUGCAAGAACUGUUAUUCCUUGCCAGCACUAGGACAACUCCCUUGUUUGAAAUUCCUUUCUAUUAAAGGGAUGCAUGGACUAACAGAGGUGACGGAAGAAUUCUAUGGUAGUUUGUCCUCCAAAAAUCCUUUUAACUCUCUUGUGAAGCUUAGAUUUGAAGAUAUGCCUGAGUGGAAGCAAUGGCACCUACCAGGUAGUGGAGAGUUUCCUACACUUGAAAACCUUUUAAUAGAAAAUUGCCCUGAGCUCAGUUUGGAGAUACCCAUCCAAUUUUCAAGUUUAGAAGUUGUUGGUUGUCCAGUUGUUUUUGAUGAUGCUCAACUGUUUAGAUCCCAACUUGAAGCAAUGAAGCAGAUUGAGGAAAUAUAUAUAUGGGAUUGUAAGUCUGUUACCUCCUUUCCUUUUAGCAUACUGCCAACUACCUUGAAGAGAAUAGCGAUAUCUGGUUGCCCGAAAUUGAGAUUGGAGGCGCCAGUUGGUGAGAUGUUUGUGGAGUAUUUGAGUGUGAAGGAUUGUGGUUGUGUAGAUGAUAUAUCACCUGAGUUUCUCCCAACAGCACGUGAAUUGAGUAUUAUGGAUUGCCAGAACGUUACUAGGUUUUUGGUUCCUACUGCCACUGAAACUCUCCAUAUUUCGAAUUGUGAGAACGUUGAAAAACUAUCGGUGGCAUGUGGAGGAGCGGCCCAGAUGACGUUACUGGAUAUUUAUGGCUGUAAGAAGCUCAAGUGUCUUCCAGAACUCCUUCCAUCUCUCAAGGAACUGCAACUGUCUGAUUGUCCAGAAAUAGAAGGAGAAUUGCCCUUCAAUUUACAAGAACUCUAUAUCAGUAAUUGCAAGAAACUGGUGAAUGGCCGAAAGGAGUGGCAUUUACAUAGACUCACAGAGUUAUGGAUCAUUCAUGAUGGGAGUGACGAAGAUAUUGAACAUUGGGAGUUGCCUUCCUCUAUUCAGAGUCUUACCAUAUGCAAUCUGAUAACAUUAAGCAGCCAACAUCUCAAAAGCCUCACCUCUCUUGAAUAUCUAGAUAUUGAUGGUAAUUUAUCUCAGAUUCAGUCACAAGGCCAGCUUUCCUCCUUUUCUCACCUCACUUCGCUUCAAGCUCUACAAAUCCGUAAUCUCCAAUCACUUGCUGAAUCAGCACAGCCCUCCUCCCUCUCUCACCUGACCAUCUCCGAUUGCCCUAAUCUCCAAUCACUUGCUGAAUCAGCACUGCCCUCCUCCCUCUCUCACCUGAACAUCUCUGAUUGCCCUAAUCUCCAAUCACUUGCUGAAUCAGCACUGCCCUCCUCCCUCUCUCACCUGAACAUCUCCGAUUGCCCUAAUCUCCAAUCCCUUCCAUCAAAAGGGAUGCCCUCUUCCCUCUCUGAACUAUCGAUUUCCGAAUGUCCAUUGCUCAAACCACUACUAGAAUUUGAAAAGGGGGAAUACUGGCCACAAAUUGCUCAUAUCCCCACCAUACAGAUCGAUGGGGAAUGCAUGUAAUGAUUAAAACGAAUGGCUCCCCAACUGAUAUGUGGAUUUUAAAGAGCGAGUACGACAAGUCUGGUAGAUUAAUUGUCCGUAGGAAGUGUUUCUAAGUGAACUCAGGUCUGCUGUUAUAGGCAAGUCUUUGAGAUGCGGCUAUCAAAGAAGGGCGAUUAAAAUCAUUGUACCGCUGAUACUAUUUCAUGUUUCUAGUGCAAGCUUCUUUUGUAAGUUGACAAACUCGAUUUCUAAAUAUGUUUGGGACUCAACUAGUGGUUAGAGUACUCAUUUUGUAAGAUUUGUGUACAGAAAAUUAAAUCAAAUUAGAAAGAUAACUCGCAAUGGUUGAAUAAGCUCGAAGAAGUGGAUUUGAAUUUUAAUCUAUG